GCUGUGAUGCUGCAAUGCAUGCUGGGGAAACAGAACCAGAGCUAUUUCCUGUGAGGUUUAGCAGCAACAUGACAGUUGUUUCCUGAUGAAGUUGUGGUCAGUGUGUCGCUGCCUCGACUCAGACAGAGUGCAUUAUGGGACUGAAGACGCUGCUGCUCCUCUCUCUGCUCGCUGCUCUCGAGUUGCCGCUGGCAGCAUUUGGCGGCCGUGCCGGCGGUUCGAUGCCGGGCUCUCCGUCCAACGUGAGCAGGAAUGACCGCGGCCUGCAGCAGGUCGUCCUCGCUGCCGCUUACUCCUUCAACAACCAAUCAAACGACGCCUUCCUCUUCAAACCCUCGCUCAUCCUCAGAGCGCAGCGACAGGUGGUCCGGGGUGUGAAGUACAUCGUGGACUGGAAGAUCUCCAGAACCGUGUGCCGUAAACGAGAAGACGGCAAUCUGUCCAACUGUGACUUCCAGCCUGCAGGACGUCUGCACCAGACCUUUGCGUGUCACACCGAGGUCUGGCUGAUCCCCUGGCUCAACCAGACCAAGACGCUCCAGUUUCACUGUGGACCCUGAAACCUCCUCCGCCCUCAUCACCUGAGAGAGAGAGAGGGACACCUGUCCACCUGAGACAGAGACACCUGUCCACCUGUUCUCUCCUCUCACUCACAAUAAAAUUGCAUUUUGGAUGUUGAA